AUGUCGGCACACCAGCAGCCCUCGCAUCUGGAACUGAUGGAGGGCGUCCGGGCCUUCAUCCCGCCCUUGGGGUUCAAGACCCACAAGGGCCAGUCUGGGAAGAUAGGAAUCAUCGGUGGUAGCCAAGAAUACACCGGAGCCCCAUUUUUCGCUGGUUUGUCGGCCCUCAGGGCUGGAGCGGACCUGGCCCAUGUUUUCUGCACCCAGGGAGCAGCGCAAGCGAUCAAGAGCUAUAGUCCCGAACUGAUUGUGCAUCCGUACUUGCCGCCGGAGGGCAGCGCCGUCGGAGGCGCGGAAGAGAAGAAGGCAACAGAGCAGAUCACUUCGUGGCUCAAGAGGUUCACGUGCAUCGUGGUCGGGCCUGGGCUCGGUCGCGAUCCGGUCGCCGCUGCCGUCGUCCAGGGCGUUGUCCGCGAGGCGCGGCGGGCGAACAUCCCGCUGGUCAUUGAUGCUGACGGGCUGUGGAUCCUCAACCAGCACCCAGAGCUCGUCAAGGGUUACAAAAAGGCAGUCGUUACGCCAAACGCUGUGGAAUUCAAGCGGUUGGCGGCGGCCCUGGGCGUUGAGCUAACCAGCGACAACGGGAGCAGCGCGGAGGCCAAUCGGACGGCAGCCAUGCGUCUGGCCGCAGCUCUUGAUGGCCCCGUCGUCGUCCAGAAGGGUUACGUGGACACGAUUACGGACGGGGAGCACUGCUUCGAGUGUCGACAGCUGGGUGUGCCCCGGAGGUGUGGGGGCCUGGGAGACAUCCUGUCCGGGAGCACGGCGACGUUCGUGUCGUGGGCAGACGGCGCUCAAGCAGACGACAGCAAGCAGACGAGCGCUCUGGAUGCGUGCGGCGGGAACAACCUCCUCCUCGCGGCAUACGCAGCAUGUGCUCUCACGCGGGUGUCGGCAAGGCAGACUUUCCGCGUGAGGAAGCGGUCGAUGCUAGCAGGCGACGUCAUCGACACUGUGGGCUCGGUGUUUGCGCAAAAGUUCGAGAUCCCGGCUGCCGACCCCGACGCCGACGACGACGAAAGGCCCUCGAUUGGGUUUCAAUUUUGA